ACUUGUAUAUAGUUUAUACUAGUAUAUACUAAGUGACGAAAAUGCAAAAUUAAGUAAUUUAUUCUGCUUUAAUAUUUAUGUAUAUUAUUUUUGUGCAACUUUUAAUUUUAAAAUAAUGCCUUAUUUUUAUGUGUUACGUGUUUUAUAAUUAUAUACAUUAAUCAAAGCGAAAAAAAUGUCUUGUUAUGUGCAACAUUGUCGCGAAUGUAAUAUUGCUAUUCCUCAAGCAGAAACGGAUACUGAUGGGGUAACUUAUUACAAAAUAAAAGUAAAUGUUGGAGAAAUUACAUGGAGUGUUCAUAAACGGUAUAAAGAAUUUUUGGAACUGCAUAAAAAAUUAGUUAAUGAACACACCGUUACCAAAGACAUUUUACCGGGAAAGAAAAUAAUUGGCAAUAAGGAACCAAAUUUUAUUGAAAGACGUCGGAUAGGCCUGGAAAUAUAUUUGCAGACUAUUCUUUCAUUUUUACAAAAAUCAAUGCCUGAUGAAUUAUUUGAUUUUCUGGAAUUUGGAAAAUAUGAUGUUAUUUUAAUUGUCAAGAAAUUGGCUGCCGAUUUUUUACAAAAUGGUGAUUGCUACCUUUUGAAUGACAGUGGUUUUAAUUUCAAUGUUUUAUUAUUGUAUGCAAUAAGUGAAAGAUUAAAAUUACCCUGUCCAGAUAGUGAAAAUAAUGAGUUUAAUUUUAGUCAUGUCUUGGACUUUUGUUCAAGACUUGAAUGUUUAGCUAUUAAAGGCGGAAAUCAUAAUGUCGGAACAAGCAAUAUAAUAUACAACAAACUAAAUUUUGAGCUAUCAUCCUUUAAAAAUGUGAAAAAAUUUGAAUGUUAUAAUAUUGCAUCUCAUAUGAUAUAUAAUUUAAUGACAUUACGGGAAACAGUAAGAAUAAUAACAGUUUACAAUUCAAAACUAAAAUCACCUGAAGAUAUAUUAUUAAGCGAUAACAUUCACAAAGAAUGGUCUUGUGAAAUGGAUCCUAAUAUGAUUUGGACUAAAUUAAAAGUGGUUGAUUUUAGUUGGAAUGAAAUUCAAACAAUGAAAAGUCUUACAGUUUUAACACCAAAUGUUAAAACAAUAAAUUUAAAUGGUAAUUUGUUAAAUACCAUAGAAGAUAUGACACCUCUGACAUAUCUUGGUCAUUUAUCUUUAUCAAAUAAUAAUAUUACCCAAGUCUUUGAUCUACACACAAAAUUAGGGAAUGUGAUUUAUUUAAAUUUAUCUUCAAAUAAAAUUUCAGACCUCAGAGCAUUUUCAAAGUUAUUUUCAAUAGAAGUGUUAGAUUUGGGAUCAAACUCUGUUGCAGAAAUAGAACAGAUUCAGCACUUAAGUGGAUUACAGAAUAUGAAUUAUUUGGUCUUGUCUGGAAAUCCUGUAUCAACAAUAGUUGAUUAUAGAAUCAAGGUACUUGGGAUACUGAAAAAGAGAACUUCAGACUUCUGCCUAGAUAAUGAGAGACCUACUCAAAAAGAAUUAGAUACAGUGGCAAUCAUGCAAGCAUUAAAGGUAGCCAAAGAAGGAAAAACAUUACUUGAUCGAUAAUUGAAAAAAUAGUUACUAAAAAUGUUGUUGUAAAAAAAUUUUAUUUAUUUUUU